AUGUUGUUUUCUAGGGCUGCAAAUAAGACACAACCUAAACAAAAAUCUCCACAAAAAGAAGAAGAAAACGUGCAUAAGUCCCUCAAAUCUGUUAUAGUAAUAGCACAAAUUUUUGGCUAUUUUCCAGUUCAAGGUGUUUUAAGCAAUGAGCCUAUUUURUUAAACUUCAGCUGGUUUUCGAUACGUGUGARUUCAUCAUUGGUUACAAUGAUCUUCGGAAUUAUUAUUGUUGUUGGACACAUUAGACUUAUGAUCAUCCGUGGGGCUUAUAGCCAAUUUGAAAUGAAUGGUGUGAUUUUUCAUGCUUGUGGAACACUUUCAUGCAUAUUUUUCAUUAAAUUGUCGAUGGAAUGGCCGUCGAUCAUGCUAAAAUGGCAAGAAGUCGAUUUCAAAAUGUCAUCAUAUGGAUGGCCCAAAAAUUUGAAUUACCGGAUACAUAUAAUAUCGGCGAUUUUUCUUUCCUUAGAAGCCGUCGAACAUCUCUUAAUACAAUCCAGCAAACUUGUCGUAGCAAUAGAAUGCAGAGGCUCGUUUACAAAAGGUGUCGAACACUUUUUGGUAAAUAUGUCGUUCCCUCAUAUUUUUGACAUUAUAAAACCUAACACUUGGUUGGGAAUACUUUUGCAAAUAAAUAACACAAGAAUGGCUUUCUCUUGGACAUUUAUUGAUGUUUUCAUAAUUUUGAUAAGUUGUGCCUUAGCUGCAAGGUUUGGUCAAAUUAACACACGAAUUCGUUAUUUGACUAACAUGAAAGUUACUUCUGAAAGAAGUUGGAGUAAACUUAAGGAGGACUAUAACAGAUUAUGUCAUUUGUGUUUGUUGCUUGAUGAAAAAAUGUCCUACAUUAUUCUAACAUCGUUUUUAAACAACUUUUAUUUCACUAUUUUUCAAGUAUUUGAAACUUUGUAUCAACACAAAAUUACAACUUUAGAAACCGUUUAUUAUUUUAUUUCUUUAAGUUUAUUGAUUUUGCGACUAGUUUCUGUUUGUCUGUAUGGAAGUUGGAUCAAUGAAGAAAGUAAAUUAUCUCUAGAUUUACUAUCGUAUGUACCACGUGAUAUUAAUAACAAAGAGAUAAUCAGAUUUGUUGAAACCUUGAAKUAUCAAAGUGUGAGUCUAACAGGAAAGAAAUUUUUUAAAAUCACCAAACAACUCAUAUUAAAAAUUAGCAGUGCUGUAGUCACGUAUGAGUUGAUAGUCAUCCAGUUUAGGAAAAAAAUGGAAAGAGACGAAAAACCUUAUACAAGAAAUAAUAUUUGUUAAAAAAUUCAAGAAGUGCUGAAAAUGUUAUAUUGCACUGUAACUCAAACUCUUAUUUUGGGUGAGUAUAUUGUAWAAAUAUAAGUUUGUAAGUAACAACUGCUCCAGCAAUCUAAGAGAGUUGUUUUGGUCAUUAUUCCAUUUGCAUUAACCAAUGUCCUAUCUACAAAUAAUAAACACUGAAAAAAUAAUCAAUUGU